CAUAUUCCGGCGCGCCGAUUUCUACUCUUUCUUGUCCAAUGUGAAGCAAACAACACUCCUUGAAUGUUGCAUUUCUCAUUGCUACAACAGUUUAUUAUAUCGCCCACUCUCCACCAACUGGUAACAUCUCCCACGCAUCUUUCAUAAACUCAACACAUCCGUUCGGACAUCAUUCCACACAUCUACUUCGAUCCUCAAGUUGUAAUUUAUCACAACCCAUUCUCACCCACUUCACUACACUACAUCACACCCACCGACGGCAUGCCAGGUGCGCAAGAUUCAAUCGACGACCCAUACAUUAUGAGUUGCGACCCAUCUGCUUCCUUGCAAGACGAACCUUCUGCACGUAAACGCAAGAAGGACCACUCCGACCACAUCGACAGUCUCCCAGACACUCACAUCGACCCACAGCUCCUAGAAACUACCAACCGCUUCCGGCGCGCGGAGCCCGACAAGACAGCUUACAACGGGCCUCAAGCAAUUCACGUCGUCAUGUUGCGUGUGACCAACGAGACCUCGGAGCGUCCGAUGCCACAAUCUGCUUUUUUCAUCCACGACACGGCUCUAUCGUUCGCGAGAAGUGUAUUGCUGCAGUGGUGCGACGCGCACUAUGAUGAUUAUCACUGGCAAGGUCCAGAGACAUUGGCGAGACUUUGUGUUUCUCGUUAUGCUGCCUACCAUUCUCAGACUGGCCAGCAACUUGCUGUUGCCGAUGUGAUCAGGGUGAGCAUCUUUGAUGCAAAGGCAGCCGAGAUCGUUCCAAAGGAGAACCGAGACGUCGGUGCUCGAACGACACCCACCCAAUAUGCUCAGGAUCCACAUUCGGCAAACGAAAACUACUCCUUCGCCGCUCCAAUGCAGACCGAAAUGAUCGCCGAGGAAGACGAAGACACUCACCGACAGACGACUUACACACCCUGGAGUGAGACGGACAGCACACCAUGAACCUCGUCACCAGAAACACGGCAGAAGCUGUGAGUACAGAACAAGGUUCCAACACGGCCCAGGGCGCCUGGAGAGAAGACCACGAUAUGAGAGUCUUUGGCGGUCUUACCGAAUGAGCUGCGCUGCUGAUAGCUCGCUUGUUUAUGAUGAGGCUAUGUUCAAUGGAGCAGCAGCGCAUUACACGAACGAUCGCAGCCUGCUAUGGGGUCAUUGCAAUUGUGGCUAUACUUCCAAAGGGGGUUGUAUUGAUGCAAUAUCACUCACUUCCCGGUCGG